AUGUACAAUCAGUUUGAAUGGUCGGAUCAGCUAUGGUUCCGACACUCGUCCAGCGUAUCCAUCAUACUAUGUAUGGCCUAUACUAUAGUCUUUAUACUGGGUAUAGUCGGCAACUGUUGUGUAGUCAUUGUUGUCGUACAAUCGCCACGAAUGAGGACAGUGACCAACUUUUUCAUUGUCAAUCUAGCAUUUGCCGACAUACUAGUGCUCAUAUUUUGUCUGCCGGCAACCCUAAUAAGCAAUCUGCUCAUACCAUGGAUCUUUGGUGCAAUCAUGUGCAAAGCUGUCGCAUACCUCCAAGGGGUUGUCGUCAGCGCAUCAAUCAAUACAUUGGUAGCCGUAUCUAUAGAUAGAUUCCUAUCGAUAUGUCAUCCAUUGCGGUGUCAAAUGACCAGACGGUGCGCCCGUUACGCCAUAGUAUGCAUAUGGCUGUACUCAUCGGUUAUUGCCAUUCCGUGGGCACUAUAUUUUACAUUACAACCCAUCGACCCAUCAGCACCCGACCCAAUGAUGCUAUGUCUGGAACAAUGGCCUAACGAAUACUCGGAGAAGACCUACUUUAUCAUUGCCAACCUAUUCCUCUGCUAUCUGAUACCAUUGUUUAUCAUAACAUCGUGCUAUAUAGCCAUCUGGAUGAAAGUCUGGCGCCGUAGUAUACCCGGCGAAACGGCCAAACCGUUACAAAUUGAAUAUCUGCUGCAACGGUCCAAACUAAAGACGGCCAAAAUGUUUGUCGUUAUUGUGAUAGUAUUUGUAAUAUCAUGGUUACCACUGUACUGUAUAUUUGCUGUAAUCAAAUUGGGCGGACCAAUCGAAAGUGAUAGCAUACAUGAGCGACUAUUGAUGAUAAUGGCACCGCUGGCCCAAUGGUUGGGUGCAUCCAAUUCCUGUUACAAUCCAAUGUUAUACUGUUUUUUCAAUAAAAAAUACCGAAUGGGUUUCCUAUCGUUGCUGAAGACACGCAAAUGUUGUUGCGGUCGUAUAACUACAAGUGCUAAUAGUAUGCGUGGACAAAAUGUUUCAUCCAGGUCUAAUACCAGGGCUACCAUCAACAGGAUUACCAUUAAAGCGGAUACACAGUGCGAGUUCAUUAACAAUUCACUGGGAAUUAUGUAA